UCUGCUCCAUUCUGUGGAUGUAAAAUAUUGUGUUUUGUUUUUUCGGUAACAGAAUCAUCAAGUCAGUCCAAUGUUGAGACAUUUACUGCAACACUGGCAUCAAUGACCAAGUCCACGUCUGCUCCUCAUGUGGGCUGCCUGGCUCUGAAUCGACGCUCCCUCAACCUCAGAAACAAAAGCCACAGUUACAUGAUACAAAGGAAUUCUCAGUUGAUAGAGGUCACCGUAAAUGCAUCCGAACGGAUUGUUCAUCUGAGAACCCCGAACGAAACCACAGUGGGAAAAAUUAUGGAUUCCUGUAUCAAAAUGCUGAACCUGACAGAAGAUAAAAGUCUAUUCACUCUAAAAGAGAAGCAAGGUUCUUUAGAUCUCCCAGCAGAUCAGCAGAUUGGGAGUCUUCUUACAUCAGAUAAAAGACAGUUGGAGCUGUGUUUACAUAAAACGGGGAAAAAAGCGUCCAGUGCUGCUGUUAAUGGUCCAAACAUGAAUGAAAACGGCAGCACAGACACAAACGUGCAGGAGGACCAGUCUGCUAGAGAAGAGAGGAUGAAGGAACUGCACCAGCAGGUGGACUCACUGCACAACGUCAUCUCUCAGGUCCAGGAACUCCACCAAAGUCUGGUAGAAUUUUGUGCCGAGCUAAAGAACAUGGAUAAAGAUGCUGAUGUGGAGCUGCUCGGCUCAGUUGAGCUGAAACAGAGGCUGGAGUCAGUCAGCGGCAGACUGAGUGAGAAGAGACAGAGUCUGCAGUGUCUUAAAAACAACGUCAACACUUCAGCUGUUCACCACUCAAAGCAGUUGGACGUCCAGCUGUUAGAGAAAAUGAAGUUUAACUGUCAAGUGUUCAAGGAGGAAAUAACCAUAGUGCACCUCAGCCGACGGGUGGUUCACCUGCAACAUGCUCUGCAGGAAACCAAGGAAAAAGCUAGAAACAGAAGUCUGGCCAUCCACAGCUUGAGCCAGCUGGUGGCGCCAAAUUCUUCAGCCAUGUUCCUGGUUUUAGAGGAGAACCAGGUCCCUGAAGGUCAUUAUGGAUUCACGUGUAGCUACACAGAGGACCGUGGACUGGUGGUGGUCGAGGUGGAAAACACUGAACUACACGUAGAUGACAGAUUAGUGGAGGUGAACGGUACACCUGUUCUCAACUACACACUGGAAGAAUUGACUGACCUCCUGCAGCAGGGACCCAGGGCUCAGAUUGUUGUCCUUCGCCAGCCUCCACCAACACUGCCACACUGCCAGGAGCAUCUGGUUAGCGCAGAUUCCAUGCAGAUCACUCGUACACGGAGCGAUGCUGUCACCAUGGAAACUCUGCCGCGACGGAAAGUGGUGGCAAUCUGA